AUGACGCUCUACUACAGUCUGGUCUUCCUCCUCUUGGUGACAGAGAUGCUCAUCUUCUGUGCCCUCAUCGUUCCCCUGCCAUUCACAUGGCGCCGCAAGCUUUUCACCUUCAUUUCGGAGAGUCCGAUAAUUGCCAAAUUACAAUAUGGCAUGAAGAUUACGUUCAUAUUCAUUCUCAUACUGUUCAUUGACAGUGUGAACCGCGUCUAUCGCGUGCAAAUUGAGCUUUCCGGCUCAGAUGAGCAGGGCCGCCCAGGUGUCGCUGCUGGAGGUAUCGAACGCAUGGAGGUCCAAGCUCGCAAGUUCUACUCGCAGCGCAACAUGUACCUCUGUGGUUUUACCCUCUUCCUUUCGCUCAUCCUCAACCGCACUUACGUCAUGAUCCUCGAUGUUCUCCGUCUCGAAGAGGAGGUCAAGAGCCUGAGGGGUGACCCCAAGGCCAGCAAGAACUCUGCCCUGAAGAACGCUGGUGGCCCUGGCGAAGUUGGUGCUCUCAGGAAGGAGCUCGAGGCCAAGGACCGUGACAUGGAGAACCUGAAGAAGCAGGUUGAGAACAUGCAGAAGGAGUACAACCGCAUGGGUGAUGAGGUUGCUGGCAGGAAGUAG